CCCCUGUAAACAAGAUGGCGACCUCCGGGAGAGAGCCCAAGUUUCCGAGGCCUUCCUCUCUCCAGGGAGGCAUGAGCAUUUCACAGACUGGAGCGCAGUCGAAAGUGCUGCACUCAGGAAAGGAUCGUUCCUCUUGCUGGUCUCCUUUUCCCAUGGGGCAGAGACCGAAAAAUACUGUAUACAAAGCCACCUCCUACCUGCUCCAGCACCUCAUUCACCGCUAUCAGGAGUCAGACGUGGAGAGAAAUUACUACGACCUGGAAGAGGGCGAGGGCGAAGUGGAAUCCGAGGUGUCCUCAGAAUCCGAAAUGCUGAAUUUUGAGGGAGGAUUUGAUGGGGUCCUGAGAGAGGAGGUCGUGGCUGAGAAGCUCUACCAGCUGGGGCGCUCAGGCUCUGGAACGGAGCAGGUCUAUCUCAGCCUGACUUUGUCAGAUCUUGACUUAACUGAUGUUAGCAUCCUCUGUGGAUAUGUUCACCUACAGAAGUUGGAUCUUUCAGUAAAUAAAAUUGAAGAUUUGUCUUGUGUGAGCUGUAUGCCUUAUCUUCUAGAACUUAAUGCUUCUCAGAAUCACCUGAAAACAUUCUUCAAUUUCAAACCACCCAAAAACCUCAAGAAGGUGGAUUUUUCCUGCAACCAGAUUUCAGAAAUGUGCAGUUUAUCGGCAUAUGAGUCUCUCACGAAGCUAAUUUUGGACAGCAAUGAGAUAACUGAAAUCAGUGGACUUGAGCUGUGUAGCAGUCUUACCUACCUUAGUCUGGCCAACAACAAGAUCACAACCAUCAAUGGCUUAGGCAUGUUACCAAUCAAAAUACUUUGCCUGAGCAAUAACCAGAUUGAGAAGAUCACAGGUUUGGAUGACCUAAGAGUCCUGCAGAUCCUCGAUCUGAGCCAGAAUCAGAUCAGCAGCCUCCAAGGCUUAGAGGGUCAUGAUUUCUUGGAAGUGAUCAACCUCGAGGAUAAUAAGAUUGCUGAGCUGGAUGAAAUAGAAUACAUUGAAAACCUACCUCUCCUUCGAGUUCUCAAUCUCCUAAGAAAUCCAAUUCGGGAAAAACCUGACUAUUGGUCCUUCGUCAUUUUUAUGCUACUUCGAUUAACAGAAUUGGAUCAGAAGAAGAUUAAAGUGGACGAAAAGAUCUCGGCCGUGAAUAAAUACAACCCUCCCCCGGAAGUGGUCGCGGCCCAAGACCACAUGACCCAUGUGGUCAACAGCGUGAUGCAGCCACAGAGGAUCUUUGACAGCACCCUGCCGAGUCUGGAUGCCCCGUACCCCAUGCUGGUGUUGGCCGGUCCUCAAGCAUGUGGUAAACGAGAACUCGCUCACCGCCUCUGCAGACAGUUCAGCACUUACUUCAGAUACGGGGCCUGUCACACCACCAGACUGCCUUACUUUGGAGAAGGAGAUCGGGUUGAUUAUCAUUUUAUCUCUCAAGAAGUUUUUGAUGAAAUGCAAAACACGGGGAAAUUCAUUCUAACCUAUAAUUAUGGUAAUCACAAGUACGGAUUAAGUAGGGACACCAUAGAAGGUAUCGCAAGAGAUGGCUUAGCAAGCUGUGUUCAUAUGGAAAUAGAAGGUGUAAGAAGUUUAAAACAUUCCUAUUUUGAGCCUCGAUAUAUCCUGGUGGUACCCAUGGACAAGCAAAAAUAUGAGGGCUACUUGAGGAGAAAAGGAUUAUUCAGUCGUGCAGAGAUUGAAUUUGCUGUCUCCAGAGUGGACCUUUAUAUUAAAAUUAAUCAGAAAUAUCCAGGAUACUUUGAUGCAGUAAUCAAUGCAGAUGAUCUGGAUGUCGCCUACCAAAAGCUGAGUAAGCUCAUUAGAGAAUACCUCGGAUUUUCUGAGGUAACUGCCAAGAGUUUGGUUCCAACCACAGGAGAUAUUAAGAAACCUCAGCUGAAACCUGAAAAGAUUUCUAGGAAGUUAAGAGUUUCAAAUGAGUUUGAGUCCCUGGAUUUUGCAGACAGAAACUACUUUGUGAAAUUAUGGGCCAAACUUUCAGGCAAAAAAACACCAGCGGAAAGAGAGUCUUUGGCGAGACAGUAUGAGACAGCCCGGCAGACCCUAAUGGGAAACACACCUCCUCAGCACACGUUCCUAUUUCAAAGGGGUCUAGUACCAGCACCUAUCAUCAAUAAUCUACGUUAUUUUACAGCAUUAGAACUCAAGAAAAGUUUUGAGCUUUAUGGAGAUUAUUUUAAAGCCCCCUUUGGAUCUUCUGAAAAGAGUGUCAUGGAUCCCAGGGAUUCUGUGCAGUAUCCUGAAUUACUUCAUUCUUGUCCAUGGUCAAAAGAGUUGCCUUUUCGGCCUCCAGAAGACAGUAUUUAUUCACACCAAGACUCAGUAGUAGACGAUACUGAGGAUCAUGCCCUGAAAGCACUAUAUAAAGAAGCAUUUCCACAUGGAAAAGGGUCUCUCCAACACAGAAGACACAUGGUCUCGGCCAUCAGUCGCCCAGGUUCCAACAUCAAACCCAUCCUCCCUCCGAUACCUCAGGGCCGCAAGUAGACCAAUACUCAAUGUUUGAUCUUAACAUGGAAAAUUCUCUCUGAUCAUGUCUAGUCCCUCUGUCUUACCUGGCCAUGCAUCCUGGCUAUUCCUCACUCAACCAACUACCUACAAAAGAACGUUCUAUGUGCCCUAAUUCUCUCAAUCAGCUUCUUUUGUGAUACUCUGAAUAGUAUCUAUCUUUUUUCAAAUGUAAGUUAUUCUUAGCUUUUAUUAAUGUAAUUUCAGUUUUUCCCAUUGCUAUGAAUGACUCUUCCAGCUGCUUCCUGCUCCGAAAUAUCAGAUGGCAAAAAUCUCCUAAGAUCUCUGCCUUGCUACAUGCAUAGUGGUUUGGGGAUAAAGCCAAUGGAAAUUGUUGUCUUAAAAUUUCAACAUGUCCAUUUAUAACAUUAGUGUAUACUUUACAGGAUUGAAAUAUUUUGUUCUUCUCAUUAUGAAAAAAUUAUAGCAUUCCAUUUAACUUCUGACCAGCAUGAUAUCUCAACUUGCUUUAGCAAUAUGAAGAAAUAAAGAGUAUCAGGUAUUUCUUUUACUUUACUCUUUUUAGACUCUGAUUAUGAAAAUCUUAUAAACAAUUUUCAUCAUCUUUGUAGUUUCACUUCCUGCUAUCUGCAAAAAAAAAGAAUUUUUAAUAGUUAUAGAUGAAGCUGGUAUUCAGCUGAUAUGUGUGAGCAAGACUAACCAGGUUGUUAAAAUGUUGAAACACAUCCCUUUGGAUUGGCAAAUGGCCUCUCCUGUGAAUCCUCUAUGCAUGAUGGUUCAUGGGAACCAUAGCCUUCACAUAGUACUGCACUGAUUGUUAAAUAUUUUAAAUAUCAAAAUCUGCUAAUGUUUUCCUUUUUAAAAAAUAUCAAAACCUCCUUCAAUAACCCUCUUUGCUAUAACUCAAAUUUGGAUGUAACAUGAUAUGCUAUUGGCUCCUGUCUUCCACCUAGCCCUAUUCUCAACUGGAAUUGGUUAAAAUUCUUUUCUUGGGGGUGGGUGGGAGAGGAUGGGAGGGGGAACUCGGAGGAGAGUAAUAGGCUGAGCCAGAGAAGGGAGGCAAUGGUCUCUGGAGAAGUAGGGGUGCAGAGAGUGGGUCUCAUGCCCCAAGAACCUUAGAGAAUAAGAUUCACCAGCAUCAUCUAAUCUUCUUAAAUGUUAUUAUGAAAUAUUUUAGACAUACUGGAAGGUAUAAAGAUAACAGUUUCAAUUUCAGACACUAUGGAAGAGAUGCCUUUUGAAAAUUUCUCCUUCUAAGCACAGCUUAAAAAAAUGUAAGAUUGAGAGAUAGAAGGGAGAAGGCAGAGCCCCCGAGGACACUGAGGCUUGAGUAAUGACAUAGUGGUGAUUUCUCUGAGUCUCCUUUUGUCAUAGACAUUUCCUUUCCUGGGCGCUGGAGAGACUACAGUCCCACAACACUAAUGAUGCAGACAAGAAAAGUUCCAACAGAGAGCCUGCUCUCUGUAGCUGGAAGACUAGGGAAGGAGCCGAUGAGCAGCAAGGGAACCUUCUAGACAAGCACUGCUUUACUCCACCUAAACGCUGCGAAGAAAGGCACGGUCCCGUUCUGACUCUCGCUCUUGUUAGCGAACUGUUGUUCAGCCUCUGAGUCGUGUCUGACUUUGCAACCCCAUGGGCUGCAGCAUGCCAGGCUUCCCUGUCCUUCACUAU